AGAAAACGGAGAGCUAUGAUAGGCUGCUUCAUGAUUGACAGGCAGGGGCAGAGAAAGUUCUCGGUGUAGAACGGCUUGGGCAUGCGAUCAGGAAAGGCAGAGCUGUGGGAUUGUUGCUCCGUCCAUAUGGACAUGUGAAGCCCAGCUGCUGAAAACAGCGGUUAUCUAAUGUAGUGAAGGAAAAAACACGUACAUUACCAUAACAAUUCUUGUGGAACGCAUCACACGAACUGAUUUGUCCCUCGCCGCUUGCCGUUUGUUGCGCUGUCAACCAGACCCAAACAAUCACGCGUGUGAGAGGGGCGGGGCAUGAGUGUGAGCUGCCGGUAAUGGAACCAGCUGCUGCCCUGGGGCAUCCUGGGAAAAGCCCAUAAGAAAGUUAGUGGUCGGGAGGAAAUGUCUGGGAAAGGGAUGGGAGACCGGGUAGGAGGAGAGGCGAACCGGGAGAUGAUAGGUGGGCUAGGACAAGAUGGGGCUUUACAGUGGGUGACAGAUGGGAGAAAGCAAGAAGGGGCAGAUCAUAGAGAUCCAGAUGAGAUUAGAGAAGGGGCAGAUCAUAGAGAUCCAGAUGAGAUAAGAGAAGAAGGGGCAGAUCAUAGAGAUCCAGAUGAGAUAAGAGAAGAAGGGGCCGAUCAUAGAGAUCCAGAUGAGAUAAGAGAAGAAGGGGCAGCUGUGGGAGAUGCACAGGCGGUAAGGCAGGAAUGGGCAGGCCCAUGUGGGGAAAGAGAAGGGAGGGCAUUAGAGGCAGGUUAUUAUCCAGUAGGAAACACUGAGCUGAGAAUAAAAAUAGAGGAAAGGCUGGAGCUAAAGGUGGCAUGUGGGGAUAUAGCAGGACAGAGAGUGGGCUUAACCCAAAAAGGGACAGAAAUGGGGGUGACUGAUGGGUUAAAGCACAAAGAGACAGCGGAGGAGAGGAUUAGGGAGACAGAGGAAGUGCCAGGACAGUGUCUGACAGUUAAGGCAGCCCAGCUAAGGCCCCUUAAAGUAGGGCAUGAGAUACUGAAACCAGCAAGUGGGGUGCUAGGGAAGGCAGCUGAGUGUAAGGGAAACAAGUACAGUGGGACACAGGAGGCCGUAUGCAGCUUUUCUGUAAGAUCAGGUCCCUGGUUGGUAUCAGGGCAGCAUGAAACCCGGCGCAGCACAAAGUUUAAUAAGAGAAGAGAGGGCUCAGCGGAAAGGCAGGAUCAGAAAACGAAAGAUGUCUAUAACAGGUUGUCUGCCAGCCGAGGAACCAGUUGCCCACCUACCACCCGUAAAAAGUCUGAGCACAGAGUUGCUGAAAGCAAAGCAACAAGAUUAUCAAGCAGGGGACCCCCACAGCAGGAGAUUAAAAGCAACCAAAAGAAAGCGGAGGGAAGGGGUAAUAAGAAGCAGGUGACGGUGGACAGCUCCAAAGCCAAGACAUCCUUAGAAGCCCUAAAGAUGAGCAUCAAGCAGCUGAAGUGGAAAGAAUUUCCCAUGGGUCGCCGCCUACCUUGUGACAUUUAUUGGCAUGGAGUUUCUUUCCACGAGAGCGACAACCUCUCCUCUGGGCAAGUCAACAAAUUCCCAGGGAUGACUGAGAUGGUGCGUAAAAUCAACCUGAGCCGGGCUGUGAGGACCAUGCAGGAACUGUACCCGGAAGAAUACAACUUUUAUCCCCAGUCCUGGAUUCUUCCGGAAGAGUAUCACCUCUUUGUUGCUCAAGUACGCCUAGGAAAAGAAAAUGACCCGGCAUGGAGACCGACGUUCAUUGUGAAACCGGAUGGUGGUUGUCAGGGUGAUGGGAUCUACCUCAUUAAAGAUCCAACUGAAGUCAGAACGAUGGGGAGCUUGCAGAAUAGACCUUCUGUAGUCCAGGAAUACAUCACUAAACCCCUUCUCAUAGACAAACUCAAAUUUGACAUCCGCCUCUAUGUUUUACUAAAGUCCAUAGAACCUCUGGAAAUUUACAUAGCCAAAGAUGGCCUCUCCAGGUUCUGCACUGAGCCAUAUCAAGAGCCUAAUCACAAGAACCUUCACCAUGUCUAUAUGCACUUAACCAACUACUCUCUCAAUGUCCACAGCGGGAACUACAUACACUCUGACAGCAUGCACACCGGCAGCAAGAGGACUUUCUCUAGUGUGCUCUAUAGGCUCUCGGCCAAAGGACUGGAUGUUAAGAAAGUGUGGUCUGAUAUCAUUUCUCUUGUAAUCAAGACUAUUUUGGCUUUAAUACCAGAGCUCAAAGUCUAUUACCAAGCCGAUAUACCACCAGGAAAGCCAGGACCAACGUGCUUCCAGAUUUUAGGAUUUGAUAUACUCCUUAUGAAAAACUUGAAACCUGUGUUGCUUGAAGUGAAUGCAAAUCCAAGCAUGAAGAUAGACCAUGAGCAAGAGCUCCUACCAGGAGUAUACGAACACGUCCAGAGUCUGGUGGAUGAGGAGGUGAAAAUCGCCGUCAUCAGGGAUACCCUGCGUCUUAUGGAUCCUGCAAGGACGAGGUUUAGUUCUAAUGAGUCCAGUCCCUCAGAAAGUGCAUCCGAAACGACCAGAGGGUUAUACAUGGAAUCAACAGACCCAGCAGAGAUAAAUAAACUUCUAGAAAGCUCCUUGCCCUCGAAUAGCCUCAAGCAAGUGUUUCCGAAAUAUUCCAAGCAGUUCAAUUACUUGCGGGUAGUGGAACGGGUGGCUUCCAUCUUCCUCCGAUUCCUUGGCAUCAAGGGGACCAUGAAGCUUGGACCAACCGGAUUUCGGACAUUCAUAAGAAGCUGUAAGCUGAGCAACACCAAUUUCUCAAUGGCGUCUGUGGAUAUCCUGUACAUCGACAUAACGAGACGCUGGAGCAGCAUGGGGUUAGACCAAAGAGAAUCAGGUAUGUGCUUGCAGGCCUUUGUGGAAGCCUUCUUCUACUUGGCCCAGAGACGAUUCAAAGGACUUCCUCUUCAAGAACAAGUCCAGUCAUUGAUAUCAUUGUGUGAAACGCAUUUGGAAUCCUUGGAUGAAAAGAGACUUCUCUGCAGUCGGCCCCAAGCCCUGAGCUACUCUCUCCACAACGAUCUGCACUUUACCUCUUGUGUUCCACGUCUAAACUGCACUUCUACGGCCUGCAAGCUCACCAAUUAUAAGCUGCAGCAUUCUUGAGCAAAAAAAAAAAAGUGUUACAUUCAUAAGCUGCAUCAAAAAUGUUUGCGUUCUAACCCAACACUGCACUGAAUGUUGUACUGCAAUCCCGAUAUCUAGACUUCCAAUGCUCAGGCUGCUUGUUCUAUUAAACAUGAUACAUGAGAUUUAGGUGGGAAGAAGAUAGAAGACCACUAAACACUAUCCAUGAUCCUCAGGGAAGAUACACCAACUGCUUAAUGGUUACAUUUGUCUCCCAUCUAAUUCAUGCUUCCAUAUUGGCACCAGAAUGGUCAUAUGAGGGUAGAUCCAGG